CAGAUUGAGGCCGCCACUGCAGCGCCGCCAGCAUGAACUUGGCCGCGAGCUGAAGCGGCGGGCGGCGGGCGGGCGCGGGGGCACCGGCCGCUAGCCAGGGGGUGAUCUUCAAUCCGGCUGGGCCAUUCGGCGGGCGCCUGGGGGUAGGCUGCCUGUGCCGGCGGCCACCCGCCCCUCUGGCUCUGCCCUGGCUGCCGCUGGAGCUCCGCAACACGCCCUGUGUCUAGGUCGCUUGGGAAACACCUUGGAGAGUCAAGAAUAAAAUUGCAGGUCAAACAAUGGAUGACUGGAAAAGUCGACUCAUAAUCGAGAGCAUGCUUCCCCAUUUCAACAUGGUGGGAAAUCGUCAGGAUCCCAGAAAGCUCCAGGAAUCGGGGAGAAUUUAAAGAAGACAGGAAGGGGAGAACUUCCACUUUACCGGCAUGGCUUGAUGGGGUUACCCCUAAUAAAUCAGACCUUGCCUUGAAGAUGUCACCCUCUCUAUGGGCCCAGGUGCCCACCCUACUUCUCUUUCUAGACUGCAGAUGCCCACGUUAACCAUGACUCUAGCUCUGCAGAUCUGGGAGUCGUGGCCAGUCAUACUUCUUGAGAAUAAUCCUCUGGACAGCAAUGCUGUGAAUAGCAGUUAUGGGCUCACACGUUUUGGGGUGUCAUCCACUGCAGACGCAGGACUGAAAGGGCAUACUAUUCCUUACUAUGAGAAAAACAACAGUUAUACAGCUGUGGACCAGGAGCUUCACGAUCUGCUGGAGGAACUAACCAAAAUUCAAGAGCUUCCUUCAAAUGAUCUUGACCUUGAGAAGAUUCUGGGGAGCAAGCCAGAAGAGUCUCGCUUACAUCACUCCCAGGCUCCCUUGGCCCCCCCUGCCAAGCUCCCGUUCAGAUGCCACAUAUGGAGAGCCCUUGGGUCCCGCAAGGAGUCUGCAUCUAGCUGCAAUCAAACCACUGGCACAUCAUUACCAAUCUUGCCCUCCUCCACAGGGAUCAACUAUCCCAUUCCUCCCCCCAGUAAGCAGAUGGUCUCACCCAGUUCUUCAGCGGCACAGGCUCAGGUCAAAAACCAGGCCCAGACCAUGCUCCCUGUCACUUUGCCUCCAUUAUCUGUGCCUCAGUGGCAUCAUUGCCACAGCUGGAAAGCACUGCAGCCAGCAAGCAGGGAUCUGCUACAACACCACACCAGUUCCAACCGUAGUUGGUCCAGUCUGCCUCAUCCAGGCCUCUCCCCACCUUAACCUCCCGUGCCAUCACCUCAUCCAUCACCCACCACAGCCGCCAACGCCACCAUUCAGCCACAGAACUCACCAGCACCCUGCAUGUCAUCUAAUAGCUUGUCUGGGAGUGCUGCACAAAGCUCGCCCAAUGCCUUACUCUCCAGCAUGGCCCCCAGCAGCAAUGCUGCCCUUGGGCCCACCUUGCCCUAUGCUCCAGCGAAGCUCCCAGCCUGCCUCACAAAUCAGCAGCCACACUACAGCCCCCCAAGCUCCAUUCUUGCCAAUCUGGUGUCCUCUUCUGUCAAAAGCCCUCAGGGACACCUAAUAUCUGCUCGCCUACCAGCACCCCAGGACCAUCCCCACCCCUACCGUCCCGAGAAUCUCUCCAGCCCUGGCUUGCCACAGCAGUCCUUCACUCCACAAUACUCUCUGAUCAGGAGCCUCACUCCUAGCAGUCUGCUUAGCCAGCAGCAACAGCCGCAGCAGCAGCCAGAGCAACAUCAACAGCAGCAACCAGCAACAGCAUCCGCGCAACAGCAAGCAAAUUCCAUCUUUAAGCCUAUGACCAGCGCCAGCCAAGCAAAACCCCUGAGCAUGAUCAUGCAGCAGGGCCUGGCAAGUUCCAAUCCAGAAGCACCUGAGCCCUUUACCUUCGGCAACACCAAACCCUUGUCGCAUUUUGUUUCUGAGCCCAAGCCACCAGAAGAUGGCCCUCCAUGCCUGGCCCCCCCCAGGCAGCCAUCCCUGUUCCUAAUGCCUCAGGCAACACCAGCACAUGUUCCUUCUGCCACUGCCUCCUCUACUGCCACUGCCACCUUGCAACUCCUACAGCAGCAGCAAGCCGCGCAGCAGCAACCACACCAUCAGCAGCAACACCACCAUCAGCACGACCAGCAACCCCAGCGCUUUCAGCGCAGGUGGCCUCUAUCCAUGCCCCCUCUGCCUGGACAGCAAGAGAAGCAGAGAUCAGGUCCUAUGGCAAUGACCCCUAAACAGCGGAAUACUUUUAUCGCCCAGCAGAUGACUCAAUUUCAAGCAGUACAAGAACAAGUCAUCUCCACGUGUAACCAGACCAAGACGAGACCCCCAUCCAACCAGCAUAUGAUGCCACCCAAAACUGAGCUCCUCCGGGACAAUCUGAUUCCAAGACUAUUACCACCCUCAAGUCACAUGGGUGUUUGCUCAUCAGCUCUGAAGAAUCAGCAAGUCAACGCCGACUUCCCAUUUCCCAUCUCCUCAGGCUUGGGUCAGGAUCCCCUGAAUAGUCUUGGCUCUGUGUGUCCCAAAGCCAAGACCAUGCCCCCACAAGUGCCCCUGCCCAAGCUCUGUGUUAACCACCUGGCUAGCCAACCCUUUACUCCCCACCAACUCAGCCUCCCGAGUGUGCCAAUGAUGUCUCUAGUGUUUAUUAAUGCAGUCUGGGCAGUGGCAACUGCAGCUGUAGCCACACCAGUUUCAAAGAAAUCACCCCUGAGCCAAGUAGAUACUAGCAUGCUGCCGCGUUCCCUGGCAUUUCCAUCUCAGCGGGCUGUGGUUCAAGCCAAUCAGACAGCCCCAGGAUCCAGGCCUGGCCAGAAGGUGCCUGCAGCUCUGGUUGCCCCCAGAUUCAGCUUAUUGGGCAAUCAGAGCCUUGUGCAGAGCCCAGCACAGGGGCCGAUGCCUGUACUAAGCACCACGCCCCUCCAGCAGAGUAUGGCCAGCUGCUCUCCCUUGAGUCCCGUUCAGGGACUAGAGCCGCCAAGCUAUGUAGCUGCUAUUGCUGCCACUAGCCAGUCCCCAGGUACAUUGAUUAGAGCUAGCACAUCCCCUGAGCCACAGGACAAUGUCUUGCCUCAGGCCCAGUCCCCAACAGAUGGACUGAUCUCACCAUCAUCUGCAGGCAGUGAGGUGGAUUUCAUGGAAGAACUUUCAGAAGGCUCCAGUGUGGCCCCAGAUGAAGACUGGGUGUGCAACUUGAGGCUGAUAGAUGACAUUAUGGAACAGCGUGCUGCCGCCCCAAAUGCCGCAGCACAGAAUGCUGAACAAGUCACCCAGGGUGCCUAGGAGCUAUAAAUCAAAGCAGAGUGCCCCAGAAAGCCCCAUGCUCUCACUCAAAGGAGUUGCCUGAAUCUGCAGCCAAUGUGAAACUGGCCCCAGACACCCACACUAGGCUCCUAGUUCCACUCUGAAUCCUGUCAACCCUGCCCAUCCCUCCAGCUACGUGAUGAAUAAAAAGCUGGCGAUUUUUCAAGCUACUUGUACAUAUUUGAAAAUUUUGUAAAUGGUUUUCCUAAUCAUAAAUGACAGAAGUAUUUAUACUUGGUUUUGUGGCUUUGUAAAUAAAGUGGCGGCUUUGGUUUCAAUAGAGUUGUGUUUAUUAUACAUUGUUCCAAACAUGCAGACUGUGUUGUUCGCUCCAGUGAUACCUUGUUAAACCAGGUGGCUGAGUCACUGAGAUUUUCAUGCCACUAGAGAUGUGGAUGUGACCAAGAGGUGUUGUUGUGCAAACUGACAAAUGCCAAAUAGAAAGCCACUUGGUCAUUAAUCUCCACUCCAUUACAAACUGUGCUACCCCGUGUGACUAUCUCUUGCAAACCUUUAAGUCUCAGCUAGUUCUUUCCUAAUGAGCAUUUACAGCAAAAGUCAUGGUAUGAGUAAGUGUCCCACAGAGACACUCAUGGACGGCCAAGAGCAUCCUUUAGGGUUGGUUGGGAGAGGUGCAGAAAUAGCCUUUGAGCUGAGCCCUGUGUGAGCUGGCCACCUCAAGGAACUAGAGUGUUCCCUUCCCUUUGUCACCUCUGGUGACCUUCAGACGCAGAGAAAACCCCAGCUUUAGAAAGCUUUGGUGCACUAUCACACAGUGAUGCUUUAAAGUCUGCUUUAAACCAUUUGACAUUCAUUUCGAUGUAAACCUCUGUGGUUUUGGGGGGAAAGUCUGUAAACAUUAAUAGUUGAUUUGGGGUUUGUCAUUAAUGGCUUCUAUUUG